AUGCGAGGCGACGAUCAGCUGUCGCAUUGGUUGGUGGAAGUCGUGAGGGCCGGGGGAGCGUCCGCUUCGAGUGGCAAGAGCGGGCGCGGGGGGGCGAGAGGAGGUAUUAAGGAUGGCGCGGGCGAGGCGGCGGGGCUCGCGGUGGCAGUAGAGGAGGCGAAGAACGAGCGGUCGGGUCGCGUUCUCCUCAUUCUCGUGCACGUCGUCGCGGCCUGCGACACGCGAGGUCCCUCGUCCCACGGCGCGGAGUCACCGAGGGAGGCAGCAGGGCAGGGGCAAGAGCUGGCGGCGGUGGGGGCGGACACGGAGGAGGCGCUCAAGUGGGCACUGCUCAAGCCGCUGCAAGUGGCCGUGCAGCAGCAGCAGGUACGCGCGUGCGCUUCACGGCGGUCGUAG